AUGGCGGCGGCUGCGGAACGCCUCAACGAAAUAAAAAGCGAAGCUGUCGAUCUGGAGAACAUCCCCGUGGAGGAGGUGUUCAUCAAACUCAAAUGCAGUAAGAGAGGCCUCGCCUCCGACGAGGCCGAGGCACGCACCGCCGUCUUUGGUCCCAACAAACUAGAAGAGAAAAAGGAGAGCAAGGUUUUGAAGUUCUUAGGGUUCAUGUGGAACCCGCUGUCGUGGGUGAUGGAGAUGGCAGCCAUCAUGGCCAUCGUGCUCGCGAACGGCGAUCACAAGCCGCCGGAUUGGCAAGACUUCGUUGGCAUCGUGGCGCUCCUCAUCAUCAACUCCACCAUCUCGUUCAUCGAGGAGAACAACGCUGGGAGCGCGGCCCAGGCGCUCAUGGCCAACCUUGCGCCCAAGGCCAAGGUGCUCCGUGACGGCCGCUGGAGCGAGGAGGACGCGGCGAUCCUCGUCCCGGGUGACAUCAUCAGCAUCAAACUGGGCGACAUUGUCCCAGCUGAUGCGCGCCUGCUCGAGGGCGAUCCGCUCAAGAUCGACCAGUCGGCACUCACCGGCGAGUGUCUCCCGGUCACCAAGAAUCCCGGCAGCAGCGUCUACUCGGGAUCCACGUGCAAGCAUGGCGAGAUCGAGGCCGUCGUCAUUGCCACCGGCGUCCACACGUUCUUCGGCAAGGCGGCGCACCUCGUCGACAGCACCAACCAGGUCGGCCACUUCCAGAAGGUGCUCAAGGCCAUCGGCAACUUUUGCAUCGCCGCCAUCGCCAUCGGCCUCGCUGUUGAGGUCAUCGUCAUGUACCCCAUCCAGCACCGCCGGUACCGCGAGGGCAUCGACAACCUCCUCGUGCUUCUCAUCGGCGGCAUCCCCAUCGCCAUGCCCACCGUGCUGUCCGUCACCAUGGCCAUCGGCUCCCACCGGCUGUCGUUGCAGGGCGCAAUCACCAAGCGCAUGACCGCCAUCGAGGAGAUGGCCGGCAUGGACGUACUCUGCAGUGACAAGACCGGAACGCUCACCCUCAACGAGCUCAGUGUGGACCGCGACCUCGUAGAGAUCUACGCCGCCGGCGUUGACAAGGAAGAUGUCAUUCUGUUCGCCGCCAGGGCCUCCAGGGUGGAGAACCAGGACGCCAUCGACGCCGCCAUGGUCGGCAUGCUCGAUGAUCCCAAGGAGGCCAGGGACGGCAUCGAGGAGGUGCACUUCCUCCCCUUCAACCCCGUCGACAAGCGUACCGCCCUCACCUACAUUGACCUCUCCGACGACAGUUGGCACCGUGUCAGCAAGGGCGCUCCCGAGCAGAUCUUGGCCCUCUGCAAUUGCGCAGAAAACCUGAAGAACAUGGUUCACAUUGUGAUCGACAAGUACGCGGAGCGCGGCCUUAGAUCUCUAGCCGUCGCAAGACAGGAAGUGCCGGAGAAGAGCAAGGACAGCCCUGGAAAGCCGUGGCAGUUUGUCGGCUUGCUGCCUCUACUUGACCCGCCGAGGCACGACAGUUCUGAUACCAUCAAGCAUGCGCUCAACCUCGGCGUUAAUGUGAAGAUGAUCACUGGUGAUCAACUUGCCAUUGCAAAGGAAACCGGCAGGAGGCUCGGCAUGGGCACAAACAUGUACCCCUCAUCAGCACUUCUUGGGCAGAGCAAAGAUGAGUCCACCGCUUCAAUCCCUGUGGAUGAAUUGAUUGAGAAGGCCGAUGGCUUUGCCGGCGUCUUCCCAGAGCACAAGUAUGAGAUCGUCAAGAAGCUGCAGGAGAUGAAGCACAUCUGUGGAAUGACUGGAGAUGGAGUGAACGACGCGCCUGCGUUGAAGAAGGCAGAUAUCGGAAUUGCCGUAGCUGAUGCUACUGAUGCAGCAAGGAGUGCCUCUGACAUUGUGCUUACUCAACCUGGACUCAGUGUCAUCAUCAGUGCUGUGCUCACUAGCCGGGCCAUCUUCCAGAGGAUGAAGAAUUACACUAUAUACGCCGUGUCGAUAACAAUUCGUAUUGUGCUUGGAUUCAUGCUGAUUGCUCUGAUCUGGAAAUUUGAUUUCUCACCGUUCAUGAUUCUGAUCAUUGCUAUUCUGAACGACGGCACAAUCAUGACUAUCUCAAAGGACAGAGUAAAACCAUCCCCACACCCAGAUAGCUGGAAGCUGAAUGAGAUUUUUGUCGCCGGCAUCGUGUAUGGCACUUACCUGGCCGUCAUGACUGUGAUAUUCUUCUGGGCCAUGAGAAGCACUGACUUCUUCUCUAACACGUUCAACGUGAGAUCCCUUAGCGGCAGCAACGACGAGAUGAUGGCAGCCCUGUACCUGCAAGUUAGCAUCAUCAGCCAGGCCCUCAUCUUCGUGACGCGAUCGCGCAGCUGGUGCUUCACCGAAUGCCCCGGCUUCCUGCUGUGCCUUGCGUUCGUGGUCGCGCAGAUUGUUGCAACUGUACUGGCAGUGUACGCGAAUUUUGGGUUUGCACACAUCAGAGGCAUCGGGUGGGGGUGGGCCGGCGUCAUCUGGCUCUACAGCCUCGUCACCUUCCUGCCCCUCGACCUCUUCAAGUUCUCCAUCCGCUACGUGCUGAGUGGCAAGGCCUGGAGCAAUCUCCUCCAGAACAAGACUGCGUUCACCACCAAGAAGGAUUACGGCAGGGAGGAGCGUGAGGCGCAGUGGGCGACGACGCAGCGCAGCCUCCACGGUCUCCCGGCGCCGGUGGCCGACAACAUCCUGAUCGGUGGCCGGAGCAGCAGCUUCAGGGAGCUCUCGGAGAUCGCCGAGCAGGCCAAGCGGCGAGCAGAGGUUGCGAGGUUCCGUGAGCAGAGCACGUUGAAGGGCCAGCUGGAGUCGGCGGCGAGGCGCAAGGGGCUGGACAUCGACGCGAUCAAAUCGCCGUACUACUCCGUGUAA